ACGGUGACAACGGUCGUGUCCCUUAUUUUUGGCAACCCCCAUGAACCCCUUCAAGGGCAUUUCAGAGGGCGAGCAAUUUCUCGCACCCGCAGUCCUCACGCAAUCAACUCACACUCGAAGCUCCAGGCGCCAUGCGAAGGACGGAUAAAUUUGCGCCGAUCCUCAAAGUUCGCCAGGAUCCGAACUUGGCGGAUUUGCCUGCAGCGAGUAACAGGUUUUCGCGCGGCUGCAGGUAUUGGAAUGGGUGGAUGGCGUUUGCACAGAAGCAGGCGAUGCUCAGCAGUACCGCAUUUCGGGGCGGCGAUGAACGAAGAUCCACGGCACACCGGAAAUGGACUCGGCCAGUGACACCGUCCCACUUGCGACACGUGGCACGACAUGAUGAUAAUGAUGACGAUGGUGAUGGUCAUGAUGAUGGUGACGAUUACAGUGGUGAUGUUGAUCUGGACGACGAUGUCGCUGAUGAUGAUGACGAUGUUGAUGACGAUGAUGAUGUUGAUGAUGAUGUUGGUGAUGAUGAUGAUGGUGAUGAUGACGAUGAUGAUGAUGACGAUGAUGACGACGAUGAUCACGAUGUUGAUGAUGACGAUGACAACGAAGAUGACGAUGGUGGUGAUUUUCAUGACGGCGACGAUGUCGCUGAUGAUGAUGACGAUGUUGAUGACGUUGAUGAUGUUGAUGAUGAUGUUGAUGAUGAUGACGAUGUUGAUGACGUUGACGAUGUUGAUGAUGAUGUUGAUGAAGAUGAUGAUGAUCACGAUGACACUGAUGGUGAUGAUGAUUUUGAUGAUGAUGAUGAUGAUGAUGGUGGCGACGAUGAUGGUGAUGAUGGAGGCGAUGAUGAUGAUGAUGAUGAUGGCAAGCAAGAAUCAUGGGGCACCUCGUGAGGAAAGAACGAGCGGGAAUCAGAAGGGGACACAGAAACCAUGUGGCCCAUUGUCACCGACAUCCUUUCCCUUCGUCCCCGCAACUUGAAACAGUUGGCGCGACGUGGCCGCUCCCAUGGGCCAGCAAACAUGCCUGACUGCCUUACACGUGGGCAGGCACAACAACACUUUACCUUGAAGAGGGCGCAGCGCACACGAUGGCGCAGCUCUUUGAC